GUCGGGCCGCCAGGUGGAUCGUGUUUUACUAAGGUUAGGGUGGCGCCGCUGGCGUUGGCUCCACAUCGAUCAGCUGGACGAGUCGCGAUUGAUUUGAUUACGCUCCCAUCAAGGCGAUGCCUUGACCGGACACGACCACUCUUCGCUUUCUGCUGCGCUACACGAUGUGGCCCGCGCUGUUGCUGCUGCUGCUGGGCGCCGCCCUGGUGCGGGAUGCGCACGCCCAGGCCGACGACCAGGCCGACUACUGCCUGGCCAAGGACCAGUUCCCCUACCUAUACUUCGGCUCCAAGACGGCCUACGAGCGCGUGUACGACCACAAGGAGUCGCCACAGAACGUGCCGUGGUGCCGGCCCAGCACGGUGUGGAUGAUGGCGAGCGCGGGGACCAGCUACCCGGACCGGGCCACGCUGGUGCGCCUGUACGAGACGCUGCCGCCGCUGCAGGACAACAUCCUGCAGAACGCCGUCCAGGACGACGGCGGCCAGGCCGGGCAGCGCGCCAGCAGGACGCGCGGCAGGGGCAGCCCCUGGCCGCGGCGGCGUGGCCGCCUGUGCGCCGAGGACCUGGCGGCGCUGGCCCGCUGGCACCUCAACGUGACGGAGGACCGCGCGCACUGGCUCACCGGCCAGGGCCAGGCGGACCUCUCGUUCCUGGCGCGCCGCCUCAAGCGCAGGCUGCCCGAACUGCUCAACACCACCUACUCGGAGUCCCGCUUCAGGUUCCGGUACGCGUCUGGCCAGCGCACGCACGAGAGCGCCGAGGCCUUCGCGUCUGGCCUGUUCAGCAACGAGGUGGAGCUGCCCCGGCCCGUCGAGAACGACCCCCUGCUGGAAUUCGACGAGCUGUGCCCAGCCUGGCGCAAGGACCGGGAGCGCGCGCUCAAGGAGGUGGAGAUCUUCGAGAUCGGCGCCGAGAUGGAGCAGACCAUCGCCAGGGUGUCCUACCGACUCGGCUUCCACUACAACCUCAGCAUGGAGAACGUGGACCUCAUGUGGGAGAUGUGCCGGUACGACAAGGCGUGGAAGUACGUCUCCCUCUCGCCCUGGUGCUCUGCUUUCACGGAGGAUGAUCUCAAGGUGAUGGAGUACCGAGCGGAUCUGCAGUACUACUACUCGUAUUCGUACGGUAACCAGCUCAACGUUAAACUGGGUUGCCCACCCGUCAAGGAUAUGAUGGACCACUUUACGCGCGCGGAGAUGUCGGGCGGCGCGGCGUUCGAGAGCAUCCCGCCGCCGACGGGCGUCUUCUACUUCACGCACGACUCGGCGCUGCACAUGAUGCUGGCCGCGCUGGGCGUGGCCAAGGACCCCGUCCCGCUCAUGGCCAGCAACAUGGAGCAGCAGGCCAAGCGCGCCUUCAGGACCUCCUUUAUCGGCUCGUUCGCCGCCAACCUGGCCGCCGUCUUCUACACGUGCGACCAGGGUGAGCGGCACCGGGUCAUGUUCUACCUGCGGGAGCGCAUCGUGGAGAUGGAGGGCUGCCAGGUGGGGCUGUGCUCGUGGAACCACCUGCGCACCAAGCUGGCGAAGGCCGCCAACGGCUGCGACCUCAACUUCUGCCACACCAGCGGCAGCGCGCCGUUCUCGGCGUCCUCCGUGCUGGCGGCCGCAGCGGCCGCGGCGCUCCUCGCGGCCAGGCGGCUGGCGGCGUAGGCUGGGGGGGACGGCCAGGACGCGGACGACCAUACAGGCAGCAGCGACCCUCCACCUCCCUGCUGCUGCUGCUACUCCACCUGAUCAACAACAUCGACAUCGCUGACGGGUCGACGGCGUAUCCCCCCUCCCUCGGGCUCUGGUGGAUAACGAUACCGAUUACGAACAGUAGAUGAAACAUCAGAGCCCUGUAUAUCUAUCCUUAAGGGAUACACCGGGAUUUUGAACUAGGAGCAGGUAUUGACUGCGGAUGAUUUCAUGACUGAACAUCCUCACGACUACUCUGUAGUCAUGCCGCAGCCAAUUCUUUGGCAUUGUACUAAACAUCGAAGUGUAAAAUAAUUUUUCCUUUACUUUUGGGGAUUUUUUAUCUAUUUUGCUGUGAAUUUACCAUUUACACAUGUCAAUUCUUAUGAAUGUUAUGCUAGAAAGAAAUUUUGUUGUGGUCUCUGGGUGUACUAGAAAAUGAUUUCCUGUCAUGAAAGCCCAUUCUGGUGGUGUUUUGUUGGAUUUUAUUUUUUCUGUGCAGAGAGCGUUAGUUUGUACAAUGCAUCACUACCUCUGGCCAGACAAAAUGAAAGAGGUGGUUUUACGUUAUGGAAGAUGAGAUCUUUGCCAGUAUGGUGGUUAAACUUAUUUGGUAAGAGAGGACUCAUCUUGUCCAAGAAUAGAUAUGCACUGGAAAUUCUCUUCAUCCUUUGCAAGGGGAAGGGUUGCUGUGAGUGCGAGAAAUGACGAAUGCUUGGAGUGCUGUGCUUGGCUCUGCGGCUAGUAGACAAGUUAUGAAUCGAACUAUACCAUGUGUCUGGUUCGCCACGCCCAUUUCGGUUUAAGCUGCUCCGGAUGCUUGCGAGCGCGUUUGCCUAUCGUCUCUGACCAAGGCGCCUUCCGGCCCGAGCGAGUAGGCAACCCGUUGGCACGCGUGCAUGCGGUACAGUCUAAUCCAUGGAGAACGCACGCAAUGGGCGGAGAGAAACGCACGAAUAUCGAUGAAACUCCUAACUUACUUUUGUCCAGACGAACCAGAGACCUGGUAUGUAUCCGUGUGCUUAGGCUGGCUAACGCGGCUUCGUGACAGUGAAUAGAAAUAAUUGUGAUGCAUUAGGGAAAACAGUAUUUGUUUGCUAGUAAAUAGAUAAUUAAUCUACCAAGCAGGGUAGGUGCGAAUCCGUCCCACAGUACGCAGCAAAUAAAUUCGGCAGCUGUAGUUCAUUGAUGUCAAGCAAAGGGACCCGUGUUUGCAUAGAGUAAUAAUUAGCUAGUCAAUUUCUAGAGUUCUAAAGACAUAUAGCAAUAAUUGUUGAUCUGCUGAUAUUCUGUGUCAUUUUAGUUUGUUUUUAAUUUUUAAAUGUAGCGGGCUUUGCAGUGAUGAUGACUUUUAAGGUGUAAAAGGUUAAUGAUAUAUACAUACACCAGAAAGUUAUUGACUUUUGAGCGUUGUCAAAGGCGUUGUGUAUUGAAAUCAUUUAGUAAUUCUGACAUUGUCUUUUGUUUAGUAUGCCUAGUACCGUUUUCUUCUGCUCGUGAUUCAUUGUAGGGAAAAGGUAUUGUGCCAUGCCAAUUUGUUGUCUUAGAGGCGGGGAAAUGAACUCAAAUUAUUUUUAACUUUAACUUUAGUUUUGAUACUCAUUGUAUUUAUUUAAAGGUUGCACUGGGGAGGAAUUGAUCUGAUAUUUAUGUAUAAUUUACCGUUCCUUUAGACAUAGUAGAAUAUGGAAUUCUAAAGUUCUGUGUCCCUAGUGUAGUUUAAGCUAUCAGAGCAAGCUGAGUAGCUUUUUUCCAGGGAUAUAUGUUGGGGAAUUUAAAGGAAAAUGGAACUUGUUUGUCGAUGUGAUCUUUCUUUAAUUGUUUUGCCAGCAGGCGUUUAUACUCUUGUCCGGAAUGUUGCUGUCAUGCACGCGUUGCGUUUGUGCGAAAUCACGCUCUCAUUAAAUAAAUGAGAAUGUUUUUAAAAAAUA